AUGGACAUGACAAUGGAUUCACCUGAACACGCCUCCCCCAGCGUCGACAGUCCAGGGUCUCCACAUACAACCACGACGACUCCAGUAGCAUCCGCCCACAACGGCCAGAAAGCCGCUUCCAACACCGGUCCGGCUGCUCCUAUCAAACGUCGAGCUCCGAUAGCCUGUCGGAGAUGCCGGCGCAUGCGAAGUAAAUGUUUACAUGACAAGAACCCACCGUGCACGUCAUGUCUAGAGGCUGGUGUGCCUGACGAAUGUUACUUCCCAUCGAGGGGCGACCCUGAUGAGGAUAGGCAAUUCCGCCAUCCUAGGCAAAGAGCGGACAGGAGGCCCAAAAGCGAGGUUGCCAGGGUCAAGAGGGAGUCCAUUGUCUCGCCGAGCGCUCACGAUGCCCUCAACCACACCAAGGUGCCCAAAUGGGAAAACGAGUGGGCUCUACUUCCAGACGUGGACAUUAUCAAGGAGGGCGUUUAUGCUUUCACUACACACUACUUUCAGCUUGGCUUCAUCCACAAGGAACGUUUCCCACAGCAGAUUGAACAAAAUCCGUCAUCCGUCAGUGUGUUUCUCCUCCUCAGCAUUUUGAGUAUCUCGGCCAGAUUCAACAGAAAGAUCCAAGCUCGGUAUGGGGAUAGCCACAAGGCUGUCGAUUGGUUCAUGAAAAGUGCGGAGCGGCUGGCGAUGAAUGAGCUUUACCAACAGCCAACACUCGAACGAUGUCAGGCCUUUCUCUUGUUGAGCAUAGCUCAGCAGGGCUGUGGCAUGUCCAAUUCAAGCUAUAUCAACAUGGGCGUUGCAACGAGAAUGGCGGCUCUUAUGAGGCUUCACCGCGAGGAAACAUAUGAACGCAUCACAACAAGCUCCUUACCCGAGGAGAUCAUUCGUGCCGAGUCUGCCAGGCGCACCUUUUGGGUUCUACAUAGUCAAGACAACCUCCACAGUGGCCCGUACAAGCCAUUUUCCCUGGCCUCUAGUGAUAUCACUGCUCUUCUACCUUGCGAUGAGGAAGAGUUCAAAGCUGCUGUAGUACCGCAAAGUCGAGCCGCCCUGGAGGGUACGCCACCAGCUAUGCAAAAUCCACAACUGACGACCCUCCGUCCGCGGUCCCUUUUCGCCACGUUGAUCCAGACUCACCAUCUUUGGGGCAUCAUUGCUCGGCGAGCUGUGUCCAACGAGAAGAGCUCGCGGCCCGGGAACGAUAACAGCGAAUACCAAAGAAUGGCUUCUUCGCUGAGGCGAUUCGAGGAUAACCUUUUCGGCGACCACAGAUUUGGCAUCAAGUCUCUCAAAGGACAUAGACAGGACAAUGAAGACUUGGCAUUCCUAGGCUGUACUACAGGUCUGCGUCUCUGCAACAUAGUUCUGAGGAAAACGUACAUGGACGAGAUCAUUCAUGCCACGCGCAGCAAUCCGAGGGACCAGACGGUCCGCAUGUACCGCCAGAUGGGCGAAGAGCUGGUUGAGAAUGUCAGAAUGCUUUACGAACAAGUCGAUGCUCAGUACGUGGAAGGCCGACCAUCGGAGGAGAGGGUUGGCCAUCAAAUUGCUACAUUCAGCGUCUACAGCUGUGGGCUGCUUGCUGCAUACAUGCACAAGUUUCCUCAACUCGAUCCACGUAGACAUCCCGAUGAAGUCCGGAUGGAGGGAAAGAAGAUAUAUGAGCGAAUGAUUACACUCUUGGAAGAGGCGCAGACAAUCUGGUCGCUUGCGUCUAGUUGGUUAGCUGGAUUCCGGAAGUGGUUCGAUGAUCCCAACACAAAUAGGAUCUCUUUCGAGAGCGGCACCAUGACCGAUGGCCAAGAUCCUCAGCCUCAUGCGCUCUUGCACCCCCCGACUUCUACUUCGGCCUGGCAGAACAAGAUGACACCACUCUACCGCAGCCGACCAAACCCUCCUCAGUCCAUGGACAGACGGCAUGCCCCCAUGGCAGUUCCCGAACCUGCGACCUUGCCACCAUUGCAACAGGCGUCCAUCUCGUCCAGCCAAGCAGACUCACUCUCUCUGCCCCCAAUCUCUCCAUAUUCGCAUCCGCAACAACCGCCACCUCCGUACCAUUUGUCACAACAGUCGAUUAGCCCCGCCAAUCAGCACGAAGGCUUCUAUGCUUUGUAUCAGGCAGCACAUCAUCAACCUCAAAUGCCGGAUGCAUAUUCAAACACCUACAUGACCGAUUAUCAGGCUAUCCCAAUCCCUGAUGAUGGGUUCGGGUUCAACCUGCAGCAAAUGCUUGACCCCUCGUGGAGUGCGCCCAAUGCUCCAGCAGCUCUGUACAACUACACCCCGUCCGAAAUGGAGCAAUACUCUCACAAUGCCGACGGCUCGUUGGCUUGGGGCUACAAGUCGACCAAAGAUUAG